UUGUAAGCCAUUUUGAAAAUAUAUUACUUAUCACGAGUCAGCUCAGGAUUGAUACUACUAAUUUCUUGUACCAGUAGUUAUCUUUUCUGUAUUCUUUACUACUUCGAUCAACUUUUGAAUUGUUUACUUCUUAUCAUAACAGUUAAAAUUUGUUUCUAAUUUUUUAGCUCACAAUAUUUAUAUAAAUGUAAUUGUUGUAUGCUCAAUAAAACGUAAAUGUUCUACAACUUGUGUCUUUUAGAUUAAGAAUCUUAAUUUCCUUAAUAUUUUUCAAUUGAUACUCUUCAAAUAUUUCAAUUUAAUAUUUAUAUAUUGUUAUUAUUAUCGAAUUUGAAUGAGACAAAUUAAUAGAGAUGAGUCAAGAAAAGAUUUGUGUAAAACUACCAACAACAGAUAAGAAAGCGACACUUUUAAAAUGGCGAGUAAAAGAAGGUACAUUGGUUAACAGUACUGUUGUUGUACUACUCUAUCAAGAGGACGGAGACAAAGAUCGGAAAAGUUUUCGCACACAUCACGUUGGUGUUGUUAAGAAAAUAUUAAUACAUGAAGGCCAAGAAGUUCCCGCAGGAUAUCCUGUAUUUGAGUUGGAGCCUGGCUGUAGCCACAGUACUGUAGUCAGUGAUUUAUGUGCAGAUUGUGGUGCCGAUUUAAGAAUUGACAAUGCAUCUAAACCAACUGCAUCUGUUUCUAUGAUACACAGUGUACCUGACCUCAAAGUCAGCGAACAGAGUGCGUUGUUAUUGGGUAAAGCUGAUGAAAAACGAUUGCUUGGUGAUAAAAAACUGGUGUUACUCGUUGAUUUAGAUCAAACACUAAUACACACAACAAACGAUAAUAUACCCAAUAAUAUCAAAGAUAUUCAUCAUUUUCAACUAUAUGGACCAAAUUCACCUUGGUAUCACACAAGACUUAGGCCAGGAACAUACAACUUUUUGUCCUCUAUUAGUGAAUUAUAUGAACUUCACAUAUGUACAUUUGGCGCUCGAAACUAUGCUCAUACAAUAACACAUAUACUGGAUCCAAAGGGGAAAUUGUUUUCUCAUAGAGUAUUAUCACGUGAUGAAUGUUUUAAUCCAAACAGUAAAACUGGAAAUCUCAAGGGAUUGUUUCCAUGUGGUGAUAAUAUGGUGUGUAUAAUUGAUGAUCGUGAAGAUGUCUGGGAUUAUGCUUUAAAUUUGAUACACGUCAAGCCAUAUCAUUUUUUUCAACACACUGGUGAUAUAAAUGCUCCUCCAAAUUUGCAAAAAAAUGUUGAUAUUUCCACACAACAGGAUACUAGAGUGGAUUUUACACAUUUAGUUCAGGGUAUAACUAUUAAAAAAAAAGAUAACAUAAAAGGCGAUCUACAAAUGGAAGAUGGAGAAGUUUUGUCUGACGAUGAUUCAGGAAAUAUAACAACAGAUAAUGAAGACAAAAAUAAAAAUGAUGUGGCGAUUAAAGACAAUAGUGAUCUAGUAGAAGUUGAAGAAGAAGAUGAUUACUUAUUGUAUUUGGAAGAUAUUUUGAAAAAUUUACAUAAGGAAUACUUUAAAGAAUAUGAUCAAAAAUAUGAGUUGUAUGGAAAUAAUAUCGAGGUUCCUGACAUGAAGCGUAUCAUACCUAUGUACCGUUCAAAAAUAUUAGCUGGUAAAAAGCUAGUAUUCAGUGGCUUAGUACCUACUCCUGUACCGCUGACUGAAAGUCGAGCUUAUAAAGUGGCUCGAUUAUUAGGUGCAGAAGUCACAGAAAAUAUCAGACCUGACUCUACGCAUUUGGUUGCUGUUCGUCAGGGCACACUUAAAGCUAGUGCAGCCCGUAAACGCCCCGAUAUCAAAACAGUGACACCUGAAUGGUUAUGGCUUUGUGCAGAACGUUGGGAACAUGUUGAGGAAAGAUUAUUUCCUCUCCGAUCGGAAGGUGGUGGUGGUUCUAGUAGUCGAGAUCCACCAGCUCAUUGUAGUAGUCCAGAACACUCACCACAUUUUAUGGCCAAUAACCAAAAUAUUGCUCAUGUAAAUAAAGAACAAGACCAAAAAUUUGCGGAGACUCUUAAUCCACUACUUUCAUUUUCUGAUGAAGACAUUAAACGUAUGGCAGGAGAAGUAGAAGACAUGACUGAUGAUGAAGAAAGUUGUGAUGGUGAUGAUGUGCCUAAUAUAAUUGAUGUGUUAAAAAUAAAUAAAGAUGGUAAUUCAAGCUCAGAAGCAUCUUUAGACGGUUCUAGGAGAGGGAAUAAACGUCAAUACAGUUCAUCAGAAUCAACAGAUAAUGAAGAUGAAGUAGAAAAAGAAAUAGAAGGUGAAACAUUAAUUGAACGAUUCCGAAAAAGUACUAGCAGAGGACAGAAGCGUAGACGCAGCUCAUUGGAUAGUGAUGGAAGUGAAGACGAUAAUGAAACAUUAAAUGAAAAAUUUCGUCAAGGUAAAAAUUUAGAUGAAUUAGGCGUAGAAUGGGGUAAUAAUAGUGAAAAUAGCGUGGACCCACCUGAUGAAAUGAACGAUGCUGAAUGGAAUAUGUUGGGUGCUGCUUUAGAAAAAGAAUUUUUGGAAAAUCAAUAAUUAAAGCAUCAUGAAUGUAUCUUCACAUUUAGUUGUAUGAAUUGUACAUAUCAUCAAUUGUAAAAUGUCCUUUGCUAAGUUUUUUUCUGAAAAAAAUAUGUAUAAUAGUCCUUAUUGGUAUGUUACUGUAUACUAUGUGUUUGAGAGUUUAUUAUUUGUGAUGCAUACCUUUUAUGCUUAUUAUACUUGUAAUAAAUGAUUAUUGAAUAAGACAAAUUUUAUCAUAUUAUUCAGCUAUCCUUAAAUAUUAAUGUUUAAUAUGAAAUAUAAUGACAUUCUGUGUUGUAUUUAUAACCAAUAUGUUUGUUAAACCAUAUUUGAACCUAUCCAAUAACAACUUAUAGAAGUUAGUUGUACAUUUUAUACCACUUAUUUUAGACAACAUUAAUUGAAAAUAAUAAGUAAAUAAAAUUGUAUGUUAGCGCUAAUAACCACGCAUGUUAAAGCUUUAAAGAAGAAAAUAAUAAAUAGGUAUAUAAUUGUA